CAGAGUUAUUCAGCUGUAUGAGAAGGAGUUGUGAGGAGGAAGAGGAGGGGGGCUGUUUAUAUCUUUGGAAAACAGACACUCACUGUGUAUGCUUUAUGCCUUUUUGCCCCCCAACAGCCCAAGAGUAGCCGCCCGUUGGAGUGAGUGCGCCGCUGUGGUGCCGCUGUCUCUGCGCGCUCUGACUGGAGGGGGCUGGCUCUCCCUGAUUGAAUCCAGCUGUUGAGAAAGUGCUCGGAGGGGGCCCGUCAAUUUGCAUUGCUAAAUAAUCUGUAGAGCCGACAGAGUAGGGCAGAAACGGAACAGUCCAUUUUGAAAAGGCAUUCCUGCAACACUUGGUCAAUGUACCGAAGCUUCAGCUCGACCAGACAGCGGUUAAUGAAAACCUGGUGUCGGCUUUCGCGUAAAGGCGCAUAGUUGGGGGGGUAGUGAGAGCCCUGCUGGGUAGUGGCGAGGGGAUUUGGGGAGAAUUUACGGGUCGUCUAAAUCUUUCCUUUGAGAGAGCUCAACAGAAACCAUAAACCAUGCUUUUUGAAAUACGUGGCUUCAGGUUUUGCUCCUCUGCAAGGAUGUUGGCAGCUCUGGUAUUUAUUCUGCUCUGUAUCCAGCCUGGACACGGACAGGUCUGCACAGAGGGUUUUGCAUAUGACCGCAGGGCAAGACAAUGUAUAGAUGUGGAUGAGUGCCGUACCCUGCCAGAUGCUUGCCGGGGGGACAUGCGCUGUGUGAACCAGAACGGAGGCUACCUGUGCAUCCCGAGGAGCUUGUACAACCAGCCGUACAGACCGGAGACCCCGGUCUUGCCCGAGCCGGUUUACCCAGACCCAUCAGCCGGAUUCUCAGACACCUUCCUCCCUGCUGCUCCCAGAUCUGUGGAGCCCAGCUACCCCAGAGUGAGGAGCACUGCACAGUGCCUCCUGGGAUAUGCUCCUGCAGAAGAUGGCACCUGUAAUGAUAUUGACGAAUGUGAGACAAACUCUCAUCACUGUAACCCCACCCAGGUCUGCAUCAACACAUCAGGCGGCUACACCUGCUCCUGCACUGAGGGAUUCUGGCUCAUCGGUGGACAGUGCCAGGAUAUUGAUGAAUGUCGCUAUGGUUACUGCCAACAGCUGUGUGCCAACGUCCCUGGUUCUUACUCCUGCUCCUGUAACCCCGGCUUCAUCCUUAACCCAGACAGCAGGACCUGUCAAGAUGUGGAUGAGUGUGAAGAUGAACCGUGCAGUCACGGCUGCUUCAACACCUACGGCUCCUUCAUGUGCAACUGUGACGAGGGAUUCGAGUUGGCAUCUGAUGGAACUUCAUGCAUUGACCUGGAUGAGUGCAGCUUCUCUGAGUUUCUGUGUCAGCACAGAUGUGUGAACACACCUGGCUCUUUCUCCUGUAUCUGUCCGCCUGGAUAUUAUGUAUAUGAGGACGGCAGGAGCUGUGAAGAUAUCAAUGAAUGUGACACUGGUAACAACACCUGUACAACAGCACAAGUAUGUUUCAAUUUCCAGGGAGGCUAUACAUGCCUGAAUCCUUUACAGUGUCACCCUCCCUACAUCGAAGUUAGUGACAAUCAGUGUAUGUGUUCAGCUGAGAACCCUGCCUGCAGGGACAAGCCCUUCACCAUUUUGUACCGACACAUGGACCUGUCGUCGGGGCGCAGUGUGCCUGCAGACAUCUUCCAGAUGCAGGCCACCACGCGCUACCCCGGCGCCUUUUACAUCUUCCAGAUAAAAUCGGGCAACGAUGGGCGAGAGUUUUACAUGAGGCAAACCAGUAACGUGAGCGCCACUCUCGUCCUGUCACGGCCAAUCAAGGGGCCGAAGGAGGUGGUGCUGGAUUUGGAGAUGGUCACUGUCAACAACGUCAUCAACUUCAGGGGCAGCUCCAUCAUCCGUCUGACGAUAUUUGUAUCAGAGCACCCGUUCUGAGAGUCCCGAGUGAACUUCAUCUCCUCAAAGUAUCAGGUUGCGCUCAACUGCAGCUGAUGUAAUGGUUUGUUCGAGACAGCUCAUCACUCUUCUUUUUUUUUUUUUUAAACGUUAUGUCAUCCUCAAUAAAGACACAUCCGAUAAAGACUCAGCCAAGUUCUGCUGAUGGGAAAGCAUCCCUGUGCUCGAAUCCCCACCCUGGUUUAAUGGACACUGAGCUUUUAUGGCUGCGAUAUGUACUUUCGACACAGAGGGAUGUUUACGGUGUACAAUUUCUGACAUCCUCUAUUUAGAAAAUGACCUGAAACUGAUGGAAAUUAGCGUCACUGAAACUCAGUGUAUCCUCAAUACAGUUUACCCCACUUGUCUGUGAAUCUCCAUCCCCUCAGAUAAGCUGUGAAUGUAUCUGAAUUCAAGAGCUGCCAUUGAAUCAUGAGAGCAAUGUGUUUGUUUUUUUUAUGAAACAGGAGGAGAGCAGGUUAUCUGAGAGCAGAAGUGUAAUUGUACAUUUGGAGCGGCAAUAUUUGAAAUGAUGUAACAAUCAGUCAUUAACUGAAUUAUUGAUCACAGUUUCUUUUAGACCAAUAAAUGUCUUCACCACACAA